UGGGAGCAUCUCUGAGGCCUGCACUUCUCAGGGCGGGGCGGGCAAUUCCAAGGAGAGCAGCGAGAGCGGGGAAGCAGCCGACGAGGUGAAUUCCAUUGCUAGCACCAUGCUGGAUGUAUUCGGUUCCAUCCCCACCCAGAUGGACUACAAGGGUCAAAAACUAGCAGAACAGAUUUUUCGAGGGAUCAUUCUUGUUUCUGCAGUAAUUGGUUUUAUCUAUGGCUACAUCGCUGAACAGUUUGAUUGGGCUGUCUAUAUAGUUAUGGCUGGGUUUGCUUUAUCAUGCCUGCUAACACUCCCUCCAUGGCCUAUGUACCUGCAAUGGCUCCCUGUCCAAGAGUCGGGAACAGAAGACAAGAAGCCAUCAGAGAGAGGACUGAAAAGCCAUACUCAAAAGUUGAAGAAUAUGAACCCUCAUAAUGUGAACACUGGAGAAUUUAGCUUCAUUAAAGCAUCUUGGACUCUCAAUCUGGCAACUUUCACAAACACUCCCUUCAUACAAAAAUUGUCGUAA